CCAAAAUGGUUCAUGAAUCUAGUGAUAUUUCAAGAUAAUUUUGAUUUAUAUAAUUUAACUGAAAAUCAAAAUAUGACAAAGUAAGAAUUAAGAGAGGAGAUAAAUUAAUACUGUGAUACUGUUUAGCCACUUUCUCUUCCAUCCACAGAAUGGAAUCAGAAGGGCUUUGCACAUUAGAAAAGAGAGGCAAUAUCUUCCUCCUAAUUUUAACCGGCACCGGUGACCACCGUUUACAUCCCAACCUUAUCGACUCCAUCUCUGCCGCUCUCCGCCGCGUCAGAUCCGACUCUACUUCCUCUUCCUCCGCUCUGAUUACCACAGCCCAAGGCAAAUACUUCUCCAAUGGUUACGAUCUUAAGUGGGCCUUAGUGGACAACGCCCGCCAAAAACUCAUGUCCAGAAAACUCCGAUGUCUCGUUUCCGACCUAAUAACCCUACCUAUGCCAACAAUCGCCGCCGUCACCGGUCACGCUUCCGCUGCCGGCUUCGUUUUCGCGCUUUGCCAUGACUACAUCUUGAUGCGCAAAGAUCGAGGGUUUCUCUACAUGAGCGAGCUGGAUAUUGGGUUUCCGAUACCGACUUGGUUUUCGGCUUUAGUGAAGUGCAGAAUGGGAUCGCCAGCGGUCCGGCGUGAGGUGGUGAUGAAGGCUGCUAAAGUAACGGCUGAGAUGGGAGUCGAAAUGGGUUUUGUGGAUUCGGCUCAUAGUGGAGCGGAAGAAACUGUGGAGGCAGCAAUUAAGUUGAGUGAAGAAUUGGUGAGCAGAAAUUGGGAUGGAAAAACGUACGCUGCAUGUAGAAAAACACUGUUUGUGGAGCUACUGAAUUCGCUUGGUUCUGAUGAGACUGUGGGAGAUUAUGGGGACGAGGAUGCAAACAAAACACUAGCCAAGCUGUAAGUAGUAUCUCAUGGAUUAUAUUAUACGAACUUUUAAAAAAUAUUAUCGCAGAGCGUUCGAUUCUUCGAAAACGGCUCCACAACGAAGGAAUAGAAAUGCUGGUUUCCUUCGAUCAAUUUGCUUGUGUCUCUUUCCGUCUUAGUAAUAUUUGUGCGCUUUUACUUGUAUUAGUAUGGUAUCACUGAAUUAUGAGUAUUAUUUAUAUAAUAUAAAAUGUACUAAAAUGUUUAUCCUUUUAUCUAAUGUCAAUUAUUAUCUAA